AUGGCAGAACAACUUCUCUUCAGUGUUGUAGAGGAAAUCAUUAAGACUUUGGUCUCACCGGCUGCCAAAGAGAUCGGUUUGCUCUGGGGUGUCCAAGAUGAGAUUGAGAGCCUGGCGAGCACCGUUUCAACAAUCAAAGCUGUGCUUCUGGAUGCAGAGGACAAACAGGUUGCUGGGAAUCAUGCUGUCAGAGAUUGGCUUGGAAAGCUAGAAGAUGCCAUGUAUGAUGCGGAUGAUUUGCUAGAUGCUAUUUCCACUGAAGCUCUACGAAGGCAAAUAAUGACUCGUGAUAAAAAGGCCAAAAAGGUACGCAUUUUCUUUUCGAAAUCUAACCAGAUUGCCUAUCGUCUUAAAAUGGCCCAUAAGAUUAAGGCCAUUAGAGAGAGGUUGGAUGCCAUUAAUGCACUCGCUAGGGAUUUUCACUUAAAGGUACGCCAUGUGGAGACACUAGUGGGGGGAAAUAGGGAGAGGGAUAACACUCAUAGUUAUGUAUGUGCGGAAGCAGUUAUUGGUCGAGAUGAUGAUAAGAAGGCAGUUAUACACCAUCUGCUGAAGUCCAACAUUGAAGACAAUGUUUCAAUCCUUCCAAUUGUUGCCAUUGGUGGAUUAGGGAAGACUGCACUAGCUCAGCUCAUAUUCAAUGAUGAGCAAAUCCAAAAGCAUUUUCAGCUCAAAAUGUGGGAAAAAUGGUCUCGCUUCAAACAAGUGUUGAUGGGUGGGGCAAGUGGCAGUAGAAUAUUAGUAACUACACGCACUGAAAAGGUUGCAAUGAUCAUUCGCUCUGAAAGCGUUGCAAGGGUUAUUGGGACAGUUGAAUCAUAUUCCCUACGGGGUUUAAAUGAAGAGGCGUCAUGGUCUUUAUUUAAGCAAAAGGUGUUCGAGAAAGCACAGGAGCCGGAAGAGAAUUCAAUCAUCGUAGCAAUUGGGAGGGAGAUCCUAGCAAAGUGUUCAGGUGUCCCAUUGGCCAUAAGGACAAUCGGAGGUUUACUACGCUUCAAAAGUUCAGAACGAGAGUGGUUGUCUUUUAAGAAGAAUGAACUCUCAAAAAUACAUCAGAAUGAAAAUGACAUCUUACCAACUCUGAAGUUGAGUUAUGAUCAUCUUCAUUCACAUUUGAAGCAUUGCUUUGCUUAUUGCAGUUUGUAUCCAAAAGAUUACCAAUUUGAUAGAUCAACACUAAUUCGGCUUUGGAUAGCACAAGGGUUUCUCAAGUCAUCGGAUCAGAACUCAUGCUUGGAAGAUGUUGGUAAUGAGUAUUUUAUGGAUUUACUAUGGAGAUCAUUCUUUCAAGAAGCUGAAAUUGAUGAGUUUGGUAACAUAAUUGGAUGCAAAAUGCAUGACCUCAUGCAUGAUCUUGCCAUUUCAGUGGCAGGAUCAAUGAUUGCCACAUUAGAUGAUGAUAAGGAGAGAAACUUUGCUGAAAAAACUCGUCAUGUAUCAAUUGUUAGUUACGUUAUCAAUCCUUCAUCAAUUACAACCUCAUUGAGUAAAGCAAGUAGUAUGCGAACAUUUCUUUGUCUUUCAACUUCAGGCGAAUUUGGGGGUGAGUCAGAUAUUGAAGCAAUUUUUUCAACAUCCAAGUUACUGCGCGUGUUGGUUUUGAACGGGAUAGAUUUUGAUUUUCUGCCCAGCUCUAUUGGGAAGUUGAAGCAUUUAAGAUAUCUUGAUCUUUCCUGGAACACCGAUCUCCAGAAGCUAUCCAAUUCUAUAACUAGGUUGCAGAAUUUGCAAACACUAAUACUCUCAUUUUGUUAUAAGCUUGAAGAAUUGCCGAGAGACAUUAAAAAAUUAGUCAAUCUCAGGCAUCUUGAGAUAGAAGAAUGUGAUAAGUUGGCUUAUAUGCCACGUGGGUUGGGGCAACUGACUAAUCUUCAGACUUUAUCAAAAUUUGUGGUCUACAAGGAUCCUCUCUUUAGGCAUAGCAGUGAGUUAAAAGAACUAAACGGACUAAAUAACCUGAGAGGAACGUUGAUUAUUGAAAAUCUGAGACACGGGAAAGAUGCUACGUCAGAAUGUAAGGCUGCAAAUUUAAAGGAGAAACAACAUCUUGAUGCUUUGGAUUUACGGUGGAGUAUCGAAUUAGGAGGUGUCAUUGCUUCGGACGAUAUUGUUGAUGAUGAAGUGUUAUUGGAAGUCCUCCACCCGCACCCAAAUCUGAAACGGCUUCGUUUACAAGGCAAUUACGGUGCAAGGCUUCCGAUUUGGCUUUCGUCAUUCACAAAUCUUGUUAGAUUUGAGUUAGAGGGGUGUACGAAAUGCCAAUAUCUGCCACCAUUGAAUCAACUGCCUUCUCUCAAAGUUGUUCGUCUUACUGAAAUGGAUGCUCUGGAGUACAUAUCAUCAGGCAGUGGUGAUAGCAAUGAGUUUUCUUUUUUUUUCCCAUCUCUCAAGGAAAUUGUACUCUCUGUUUGCCCUAAUCUCAAGGGGUGGUGGAGGAGGAGGGAUUCUUCUGUGGAGGUCAAUAGUGAUAGUCAUAAUUUUGUUGAAAUAACGGAGCAUCCUUUACUCCCUUCCUUUCCUCGUCUUUCAAAAUUAGUGAUCGAAUCUUGUCCUAUGUUGACUUCCAUGCCAAUGUUUCCACAUCUUGAAGAAGAGUUGGUCCUUGAGAUGGCGAGCUCAAAGCCACUGCAACAGACAAUGAUGAUGAAUAUGGCAGCACCGCAAAGCCCAAAGUCAACAGCAACAACCUCCUCUUCAUCCACUCCUCUCUCAAAAUUGAAGUCUAUAGAACUGAAUUACAUUGCGGAUCUAGAAACUUUGCCAGAGGAGUGGUCGAAGAACCUCACUUCUCUCGAAAAUUUAAACAUAGUGAACUGCAAUAGAUUAAAUUCUCUCUCCCCAGGUAUACAACAUCUCACUGCCCUGCAAAACCUGGAUCUUUAUCGUUGUCGUGAGCUUGAGCUAGCCAAUGAUGAGGAUGAGAUGCAAUGGAAAGGCCUUAAGAGCCUCCUAUCUUUGAACUUUACAGAGCUUCCGAAAUUGGUGUCUCUCCCGUUGGGGCUUCAACAUGCAACCACUCUACAAAGCCUCAAGAUUUCAAAUUGUGAAAACUUGACGGCUAUACCAGAGUGGAUCCACAACUGCACAUCACUUCAAGUGCUUGAAAUUGAUGAAUGCUCCAGUUUGACAUCACUGCCCGAAGGAAUGCGUAGCCUAACGUCCUUGCAGACGCUGAAAAUUCAUAACUGUCCCCAUCUUACUGCAAAGAUGUGAGAGAGAAGCGGGUGAGGAUUGGGCCAAGAUUGCUCACAUUCCAGAGUUAAAAUUAACUGAGUCAGAUUCAGAUUCAGAUUAAGAUUCAGAACCAGAACCAGCUAAAGAACAGAAGAAACAGACGAUUUGGAGCAUGUUCAGAAAAUAUAGGGCGUUGAAUUCAUGAUUCCUCUAUUGUGUGAUCUCAAACAAAAGACAGUAAGUCAAGUCGCUCAUCAAGAUCCUUGCCCACCCCUACACCAUGGUGUGCGAGUUGUACUGGGCAAGAGGAUUGGGCGCUGAUUGGUGGGAUGAAGCCCAGAUUGGCCUCUACACGUGAAUUGGGCGUUGAAUUCAUGAUUCUUCACAUAACAGGAGAAACAAUUAGCCUCUAUUCUUGCUCUUCACACCAAUUCACUGCUGUCAUAUCAAAAAAAAAAAAAGAAGAAAAAAAAGCAGUAAAUCCAGUCACUCAUCAAGAUCUUUGCCUAGCCCUACACCAUGGUGUGCGAGUUGUACGGUGCAGGACGAUUGGCGUUGUUUGGUGGGACGAAGCCCAUAUUGGUCUCUACACGGGAUUGGUCAGCGAUGACUUUUCUGCUAUGGAAAAUUAAUUAUCCUGAAACGUUUAGUUGAUGGCGCCAAAAGAGUUCGGGUUCCUCAUUUUAAUUCUCAGUGCACAGUCAUAUGUUGAUGGUAAGAAGCAAAGGAGCUAGGGUCGAGAGACGGCAGAGCAAUGUUGUUGUGAACUGAUCACACAUGUUCUCUGGACUUCUAUACAUGGUUUGAUCUUGUCAGUUGUUAUGUUAGUUUCCCAUGUAUUCAAAUGGUUUGUAAUUUUGUUCAAAAUUAUUCAAGGGAUCGGUGCCUUGUAGAAUCGCAUUUCCCCUUAAACAAAGAGAAACCCAAUUGUGAAAUAAUGUUAUAUCUUUAGCACUGCUGGGAAUAGAAACAGUACCAAUGUUUAGUCUCAUGACAUGAAUGCUUGAAUUUAUGAACCAAUAACUUGGAAUU